AGCAGAAGAAGAAGUAGACGGAGCCGCGUCGCUGUGAAGCAUUCCGAGCUCUCUCACAAUGGCGAGGUAGUCGGAAGAAUGGGACGCUGCCCACUCUCCGGAGGCCGUAAAUCUUGUCUGAGGUUUGUCAUUCGUUUUGGCCGUGAGCGGAAAGGUUGAGAGAUUGGAUGGCUCAUCAAAGGAGGACUCAUUAGAUGGGCGUGAGGGGACCGCCGUGUUGCAACGUCUACAGAAGCCGACCCUGUAGGACCCAACAGUGGCAGCAGGCUUUCCUGCCAUGAGAGAGUCUGAGCCCGAUUUUCUGGAGGGUGCCACGGUUCAGUCGGCGCAAGCUUUGUAAAAGAGACACGUAUACGCAGCGGCAUAAACGUUAACGGGGGAAGAAGGAAAGAAAGAACUGGUCGAGUUUUGGGGGAUGGCAGGUAGAAGCCGAAGAGCAUGGUUCAGUGUUCUUUUGGGACUGGUCGUCGGGUUCACUCUGGCUUCCAGAUUAAUUCUGCCGCGGGCCAACGAACUGAAGAAAGCCGGCCAGAAGCGCAAGGCGAGCGGCACUGGCUGCGGCUUCCACGGCGGACCGAGGAAAGGACACGGCGGGGUACUGAUGUGGCCACCGCAAGAUAAUGGAUUGCUCGCAACGGAGAAACCUGCCCAGAAAUCAAAUAAUUUUCUGUUCGUCGGUGUCAUGACCGCUCAGAAGUACCUAAACAAUCGCGCAGUGGCGGCUUAUAGGACCUGGGCCCAGACCAUCCCAGGCAAGGUGGAGUUCUUCUCCAGCGAGGGCUCCGACACAUCCAUUCCCAUUCCCAUUGUGGCCCUGAAGAAUGUGGAUGACUCGUACCCGCCUCAGAAGAAGUCUUUCAUGAUGCUCAAGUACAUGCAUGACCACUACCUGGAUCAGUUCGAGUGGUUCAUGCGUGCUGACGAUGAUGUCUACAUCAAGAGUGAGCGGCUCGAGGCCUUCCUGCGCAGUCUGAACAGCAGUGAUGCCAUCUUCCUGGGCCAGACGGGUAUGGGUGCCCGCGAUGAGCUGGGCAAACUGGCGCUGGAGCCUGGCGAGAACUUCUGCAUGGGCGGCCCAGGCGUGAUCAUGAGCCGUGAGGUCCUACGCCGCAUGGUGCCCCACAUUCGCGAGUGCCUGCAGGAGAUGUACACCACCCACGAGGACGUUGAGGUGGGCCGCUGCGUGCGCCGCUUCGCCGGGGUGCAGUGUGUCUGGUCCUAUGAGAUGCAGCAGCUGUUUUAUGAGAACUACGAGCCAAACAAGAAGGGCUACAUCCGGGAUCUCCACAACAGUAAAAUUCACAGGGCAAUCACCCUCCAUCCAAACAAGAACCCACCUUACCAGUACCGGCUCCACAGUUACAUGCUCAGCCGCAAGAUUGCCGAGCUUCGUCACCGCACCAUCCAGCUCCACCGCGAGAUCGUGCAGAUGAGUCGCUACAGCAACACGGAGGUGCACAAGGAGGACAUGCAGCUUGGCAUGCCGCCCUCUUUCAUGCGCUUCCACCCGCGCCAGAGAGACGACGUGCUUGAAUGGGAAUUCCUUACUGGCAAGUAUAUCUUCUCCGCCCUGGACCUGCAGCCCCCGCGCCGCGGUAUGGACUCCUCCCAGAAGAUGGCGCUGGAUGACAUCGUCAUGCAGGUUAUGGAGAUGAUUAAUGCCAAUGCCAAGACACGAGGUAGGGUGAUCGACUUCAAGGAGAUCCAGUAUGGCUAUCGGAGAGUCAACCCCAUGUACGGCGCAGAAUAUGUGCUUGACCUGCUGCUGCUUUACAAGAAGCACAAGGGCAAAACCAUGACUGUGCCAGUCAGGAGGCACGCGUACCUCCAGCAAACGUUCAGCAAGAUCCAGUUCCUUGAGGAGGACGAGAUGGAUGCCCAUGCGCUGGCCGCUAGGAUCAACCAGGACUCUAACUCGCUCUCCUUCCUCUCCAGCUCACUCAAGAUGUUCGUGCCCUUCAAGCUCAGCAGCUCGGGUGCCGAGCAGCAUGAGCCAAAAGAGAAGAAGGUCAACAUCCUGGUGCCACUGGCGGGACGCUACGACAUCUUCGUACGCUUCAUGGCUAACUUUGAGAAGAUCUGCCUCACCCCCAACCAGAAUGUCAAGCUCCUCAUCCUGCUCUUCAGCACGGACAACAACACUGAGCGCAUCAAGCAGAUCGAGCUGAUGAAUGAGUACCACCUGAAGUACCCCCGCGCAGACAUGGAGAUCAAGACAGUGUCAGGCCCCUUCUCCCGCGCCCUGGCCCUGGAGGUCGGCUCGGCCCACUUCACCAACGAUUCUCUGCUCUUCUACUGUGAUGUGGACUUGCUGUUCACAGCCGACUUCCUGAAGCGGUGCCGUGGAAAUGCCAUCCUCGGGGAGCAGGUGUACUUUCCUGUCAUCUUUAGCCAGUAUGACCCCAAGGUGGUCUACGCGGGAAAGGUGCCGAGCAACAACCACUACGUGUUCACGUCCAAAACCGGCUUAUGGCGACACUUUGGCUUCGGCAUUGUCUGUGUAUACAAGCAGGACUUGGUCAAAGCUGGCGGCUUCGACCUCUCCAUCCAGGGCUGGGGGCUGGAAGACGUGGACCUCUUCAACAAAUUUGUCGAGUCGGGGAUCAAACUGUUCAGGAGCACAGACACUGGCAUAGUGCAUAUCCAUCAUCCCAUCAUAUGUGACCCCAACCUAGACCCCAAACAGUACAAGAUGUGCCUGGGUUCCAAAGCCUCAUCCUACGGUUCAACACGGCAGCUGGCCGAGCUGUGGCUGGAGAAGAACGACCCUGGCGUCCAGAGCUUCUCCAUUUCUAAUAAUGGCUCAGUAAGGACAGCAUAGGCCUUCUGCGAGCCUGGACCUGCCCCUGUCUGUCUUCCUCUAUGGGUUUGCAACUACCUAAAUAUUUUUUCAUAGCAAAGACUUCUGUGGAUAUAUUUUGAAAUAACUUCUUUAUAAAGUAUACAAAAACAGCACAGACACCGAUUUGACUCUUCAGACCUGUUAACAAGGGCCCGAGGUAUUGGAACACGAAAAGCCAAUCAUGAACAUAUGUAUUUGUGUUGCCUCGUAUGAGGAAUCUAAGUAUGCUGUGUACCUCAGUGAUGUGCAUACCAGUCACAGUGUGUUGUGGAGGGUUCCAGGUUUCAGAUGUGCACAUGUGGUGUUGGGAAGGGAAGUUUAAUGUAUUCUUAUUUGUGAAUGUUUACAGGAUGGCACACAAACAAGUGAUGCAUCCUCUGAAAAGUCGACAAUAGAACAAACUUAAUUAUUGCAAUUAAGGGCCAUAGACCAUGUCUUAAUUUCUGUUGUUUUGCCCUCUUAUGUUCUGUAAUGACACUGUUGUGUGCGUGUGUUUGAUUUAUUUUAUUUUUUCUUUUUAUGAAUUGAGUUUGACUUUUGUGAACAAAACUGCUGGAUAUUUGUUUUGACGUUUCCAACUCGUUCCCGCUGUCUAAUUUAUUGAAUGCAGUCUAAUGUAACAUUAGCAGGCUGAGAUUAUGUAUGUUAGUAUUGUACAACUCAGUCAGAGUUUUGUUACUUUUUUUUUGUCUUUCUCAAAUUCAUUUGGUUACCAAAGAGUUUUUGCACAUUUGCUGUAGGUAUUGUCUGUGUGUCAGAGUGUGUGCAUGUGUGUAUGCAGGCAGUGGAGCUGUCAUGAACAUGAAAUGAGCUCGAGGAUGGAGGUACUGGCCAUCAAAUUAUAUACAACUCUCCAAAAGCAUAUUAACUAGUAACAUAGAAUUAGUCACACAGGAAUUUAAUUGUUUCACCAAAUGUGCACAGCUUUUUAAUUUUUUUCUUUAUUUGAUUUUCUUAAAUGCUGUAGACCAAUCUGCAGGAUAUCGCUAAGUCAUUCCUCCAUGAUGGAGCUGUACUCCGGGCCGGGGGCAGCGUUUACCCUCUGCUUCACCUUUGGGACUUGUGGACUGCUCUGACAAUGUUGUACACUCACUCUGUCUGGGGCGUUUUAUUUUAGUUUUUUUAUUUUGUUUUUUUGUACUUCUGUUAUAGCCCCCAUCCAACUGGGAAAAGUUAUAUAUUUAAUAAUAAAUAGAAAAAAGUUUGUUAAA